GGCCCCCGGAGCGUGAAACACACACGGAUCACUUUUGCGGGUCACACAAUACCCAGCGCGCUGUCGUGAUUCGAAGCAGCCUUUUGUUUUUUUUUUUGUUUUUCGCCUGUGUUGUCCGCCUGCGAGAAGCGUCGGAUUUCUUUUACAUGCGGAUCCCGUGGCUCUGCGUAAACAUCUGUACGCGUCGCAUACCCAUCUGCUGCGGACGAGUCUGCGUGCCGAAUUACGGGAUCACACGUCGUGUCCCAUUUCCGGCAAAGUUUACCUAAAACUACGACUUCGAACAGAAGUUGCCCGGCUCCCUCCGAAGCGUUUGGGCCCCCGAAUGCCGCUGUGGUUCGAGUUCCUGAGCUUCGCGGCGCACAACUUCUGGUUCGAGUCGCUGGACUUCGCACACCACGUCUGGUUCGAGUCCCGGGACCUCACGCAUCGCCUGUGGUUCGACCUCCUGAAUUUGGCUCAACGCCUCUGGUUCGAGUCCGCGAGCCGAGCGCACAGCCUCUGGUUCGAGUUCCUGCGAUUUGCUCAGCAUCUGUGGAUCGAGGCGCCGCGUUUCGCUCGCCGUCUGUGGUUUCUGUCGUUGGACAUUGCGCGUCGUCUGUGGCUUGAGUCCCAGGACUGCUCGCGUCGCCUGUGGCUAGAGUUCCUGAACUUAGCGCGUCAUCUGCGGCUCGAGCUACUGCGCUUAGCGCGAUUAAUCGACGUGCGCACCACUAGUGUCAUCCUUCUGCUGGGCGUUGGCUCCUUCGUCUGCUACAAGCUCUACUGCCAGCUGAGGCAGCGCUUCCGCAGGCGCAAGAAGAGGGAGACAGCGGCGCUGCGGAAGGCCCACGUGCGGAGCUGGAUAUCCGGAGUUGAACAUGGACGAGUACAGGAGUGCUACCUAGAAAGCGACAAUGAGUCCGAGAUCAGCGAGGCAUCGCUACCUGCAACCAGCCAGGCAUCUUUCGGCGACAUUCCCCAGCCCGUGACUGAGCAUGCCCAAGCUGAAAAGAAAUGUGAUGCCAGCUCAAGCUGCGGCGGUGGCUUCCUAAGCGACGACGACAUUUGGGACAUGGGAGUGACGUCGAGCAACCCUUAUGAGCCGGUGCGCUUCGACAGCCAAUCGGGCGACGUUCGCUUUCAGGGAUGUGCGCAGCCCAAGGCUUCGACGCCACUCAACAUCGCCAGAAAUAACCAGAAAGGCGGCAGCGUGCGUCAUCGCAACAAGAAAGCAAAGUCAGCAGGAAGUCCCGUCACACGGCAGACCGAUCACAGCCCGAGGGCGAACCCGAGUGUCAAGGCAGACAGCGGGUCCGGAGACGUCCCGGCGUCCGUCAAGAACAACAACAACAACGUAGACGACCGAGCGCCGCUGUCCGACGAUUCCAUCUCCCAAGAGCCCGAGGGUCUACUAGACUCGCUUUCCUACGAAGGUGGUGGCGAGGCGGCAACGCCAUGGGCAAACGACACCGUGUCCCUUCUCGCCAACUUCAGCAUCGGCUCACUGAGCGAACGCAACCGGCGCACGGAAGAGCUCAUCUCAUCCCGCGCCAACAGCCAGGGAGAGGAGACCGACGACUUCUCCAUGGGCGGCAUGGUCUCCGACUCCGCACUGCUGCGGCUCCGCAAUUCACAUUCUCAUCAGCUUUCCGUGGACAGUGAAGCAUCUGACUUGAGUAUCUUUGAGAGGGCACAGGCACCUUUGGAGGUUCCCUGCGAGGCAUUUGAGACCAUCGACAAGAUAGAGACCAUCCUCCACGACACCAAGCAAGAGCUGCUUGACCUCGACGCAGAUUUGGUCAGCCUCCGUGUGUUCCAGAAGCUCCCAGCAAACUACGAUGUCGUGCUGGGCGAUGCCGGCAAGAAAAGCGGCGACGAAUCUUCCAACCGCCGUGCCAGCAUACGCAAUGCAGAGAUCCAUACGGACAGCGGCAGCGACUUCGGGAACUCUCUCGAGUCGGACAGUGAGAGGCUGGUCAGAGAAUCGUCUGGGCCCAGCUUGGAGUGGGACUCGCUUCCGCUGUCGAAGCAGCCAGCGGAGCUGCAGCACGAGUCGGACUCCACGGACUUCGGCACGUUCAGCGAGUGGUCCGAGAGCGAAGAUGGCGGCGCGCCCCGUCCGAGCGUGCUCGGCGUCGUGCGUCGCCACAGCAGUGGCAACAUUCACAGUAAGGGCACACUCCGCGAGGAGAUUCAGCGCAUUCUCUACGCGGAGUCGGAAUCGUGGAAGCGUAACCUAGUGCGAAGCCACACACUGCCAGUGGACCAAAGCUUGCCCGAGUCGGAACGGAACUGCGAUGCUCCAUCGUCGGAGACACGGGAGUCCCUUUCGCUACACAAGAUCACCACCGUACCCGAGGAGAGCACUCUCAGUCCAAGCAGUGUGUCGGACUUUGCUUCGCUCGCUGCGAGCAGUGAUAGAGACGCUUCCAUGGAUACCAAUGGCAAUGACCUGAUGGACGUGGAAAGGGACGACGAGGGCUCCAACUUUGAAUCUGCUGAAUCACCAGUUUGUGUUGAAGACAAAGUGACACUGGCUGACUACAUCUUUGGGCUACGCCGAAAGAGGAAGCACCAGCCUGGUGAUGGAAUGGAAAAAACCCUUGCAGCUGUACUAUCGGGACUUGAAGUGAGAUCGCUACGGAGGAUCAAGAAUGACGGCUAUGCCGCCAUUCGUGCCGCUGGCUUCCAAGUUUUGGCGUCUGGAGGAUCCAUCCUCAGUGGACACAGAGGUGCCAAUGGCGUCUACCAGCGAUUCCACGACGCAUCUGUGGGGACCAAGACCUGGCUCGAGGGCUGGACCUUCCAUCGCAGUCUCCAGUACACCCAGGCUCUGCAGGGAUUCUGGGAGUGCCUCUCCGCAUUACAGGACUUGGAGGAUCAGCUGCGGUUAACGGCGAGUCCAGCGGCGUUGCUCGCCAGCAAGCUCAACGAAGACUCCACGCUCGACGCGAAGCUCGUGGAGGCAGUAAAAAUCGUCAUGCUCAAGUCUGCUCUGGAGCUGUUCGCAGCACAAAAGGAUAGCGACGCCCCGUGCCCCCUGUUCGCCACAGUCCUCUUUGCACAAGUCACGUCAACGUCACCAGAAGAGCACUUGGUCAGCCAUGUCAGCCGGCUUGGCAAAAGUCGGGCAGUACCAGAGGCGGACCUCUACCUGUUGGGCUACGCCCUGGGGACUACCCUGACUGUUGUGCGGCCGAGUCAAGGAGGCAACGAAGACUACGUGAGCCGCUACCCGGAGUGGCAAGUCGGCAGUUGGCCCGAGGCCGUGCUCGUCGAACACGAGGGACGAUAUUGGGCGUGUGCUACGUGACUGCCGUUGCCUCCCGAAGGAACCCUCUUGUGACUGCCGCGUCACGUGAACUCUUGCGAGCCGUGGCAAACUGGACGCAUGCAGUGAUCGGAAUCACUUCCGUGUUCCGUGUUCUGACCGCUGACAGUUGCACGAGCCAAGGGUGGCAUGAAAUAUCUGGUCCACUGCUCCUCCGCAUUGUGGUAGCACCUCUGUCGUCUCCUCGAGAUCUUUUCAGCGAGUGGACAGCGCACGAAGCCACUUUCACCAAAAACAGCACACAAGGCAUGCGUGGGAUGUGGAGCAGCAUCGCCGACGCAAACUUUCGGCCCUGACGAUUUCGUUGCCACAUUGUUUUCCUUUUCCCACCCUAAUAUGUAAUGUUUCUCGUUGUUUUUAAUAAUUUUUACGCAUGAGUGGCACGGAUGGGCGCAUGGGUUAGAAACUGCACUUCAUCUCAUCUCUGCAGCUAUACAGAACUUGAGACACACUGUGCUGUUUCUAUGUGCAGAAAGGCAGUUCUGCCCAUAGGCAAGCUGAGUUAAUUUGUUGGAAAUUUGUGGGCUACAUUAAGCUGUGGGAAAUGAUACAUGUUCUGGAUUUGAAAGCUGUCAUUGCACGUUCCUCAGUGAGAUUUGAGGGCAAACAGUGAAACACUCUGUUCAUGUGAAGGCUUCCAACAUACAUGUGUUUAAGUUCCAUCUUCCAACGCGGGUCUAGGAUACUGUUCUUAAGCCUAAGCUGGCAGAUUUGACCCGGGAUUUUCAGCUUGAAUUCUUGAAACAUUAUCUGGGUGCACUUCUGGUUUCGGUGACACGGCUAGGUGAUGCCAAAGAGUGCGUAAGCACGAGACUCUAUACGACCCUGCGCUUAUAGCUUGUUCUCGUCGCUAGCGCAUUGCACGAAUCGUGGGAAAACGUUUCAUCCCUGUCUGGUGCUGGCAACUCAGAAUACCGGCAAACGGGUGAGAUGUAUUUCUGUGUCUCUGUUGUACCUCCAUGCUUUGCACAAAGCGUCUGAUAGGUGCACGCAAAAGUUAGCACGCGUUGACUUUCUAAGAUUGAAGAAUAAUGUAUAGGUUUAUGUAAAGCGCACGUUAUGCACAGCUGUUGCAUCUGCCCAGCACUUAACCACAAUUAAACGGAGCACCUGGCAGAAUUUUGCGGCAGGCACAGCAUUUGCACGUUUGCUCGGCAAAGACGUUAGCGUGAGCAAACUUUCACCGAGGGAACGGUGAUUGGCGUUUGUCCCAAAGUGUUCAUAAGGUGCCGGUAUUGUUCACAGCUGCUGCCUUUCCUGUCUCUGCAAGAAAGAAGCUGCUUCGAUUUAGUGCGCUCUUACUGCCCAGUGUUGCCAGACAUGGCAAUGACGUGCCUGCCGCGACACGCCUUUGCACGCCACCCCGCAAGCAUAGCCUCUGUAGUACAAAAGCAGUUUUGUUGAACUUGUUUCCAGAAGCAUUUGCGCAAUAUUGUUGGUGUACCAAAUGGCCUUCAAUCAACUGCAGGCUGGUCUGAGCCCACAAGUUCUAACGUGAAGAGUGCCGGUGAAUGGCUGGCUGGUAGCACUGCUCGCUUUCCUCUAAAUACCAUUAACAGCAACUUUAAGGACACUUUAAAAUUUUAUUUUACUCUUUCAUAUUUAGCCACCUAAACUUUCUUUUUGAGUUCUCGGUUGGAAGCUUGCCAUUAACUAUCGUUCUAAAGUUGACAUUCUAAAGUAAUAUUACAUAGCUAGCUACCAAGUUUUAGCUAAAAAUUAUUCUGCUCUGUGCAAUAAAUUUUUCUUUCGUGCUUCUUUUUUUCAAGCAAGAGUUUUAUCUUUAACAGUGAGUAAAUGCACAGUCUUGUAUGCCUGUGCAAGGUGCUCGGAAAAACAACUUGUGCAGGAGAUGACACGAACACCUAGAAAAGAAGUUUGUUUCUCGAAGCUAAUGACUUCCUUUUUGUGUGUUCGUGCUGUCUUCUGUAUAGGGCAUUUUUUAAAUAUUAGAACAACAGAGAGUUGAGCUAGUUGGUAAGGAUUCAUCGUAGAAUAAAGUACGAGGUGCGCAAACAUUGCCACAUGGGAAGAAAAACACACAGAAGCUCUACGUAGUUUCUUUUUCCCAUGUGUCCGUGUUUGCAUGCCCCUUGUACUUCCUUCAGCAAAGACUUCAUGCAGUUAGAUUCUCGCUGGUAUGAGCUAUACGCACUACAGUUGGCAAAAAAGGCUCAGAGGCUAAUCUUUUCUCAAGCAUUCCCAUGCUCAACUUGGGUGGCAAUGCCUGGCGGUACACCCGACAAUAUUGCAAAACAGCAAAGCAACGCUGUUUGUUGCUGUUCCUUGUAAAAUCAAACCUCGUGGCAGUUUACAGCAUCAUUCUGCUGCAUCCGCGAUAUGCUUGUGCAGAAAGAGGAGACGCAAGAUGCCUCUAGAGCACCUUCACUCCGCAAAUGUUCCUUCCUGUACCUUCAACACAUAAGCUUAUUAAGCAUGCAAUAAUCUCGUUUCAUUGAUGCAGCUUCAGUGCUGCCUCACCGACACGUCUCUUCCUCGUGAAUCCGCACAGCUCCGAAUAAUUCCAAGUGUUCUUAAAUAUUCUUCCUCUUGAUGAAUCUUCUCGACUUGAGAUUCUGAAAGCGGCACAAUUUCUUGCAUGUCACUGUACUAGCUCUCCUCAGUGCUCCUUUGCCAACAGCUUCGUUAUUGGGAACUUUCAGAAUCUACUCAAGAGGUGUAGGAGUGUUCCGCGAGAGUCCUUGCUCACUCUUGAGUGUUUCUCAAUUGGAGCAACUGCUUCACUCAACAGUACAGGCUGUUUCACACUUAGGGAUAAGCUGACACUUUGCAACGUGCUCAGAUUUUUCCCCUAAGUGUGAAAAAGCCUGUACGCAGCAGCGCCCAUACUUGAGGACUAGGAAGUGAAGUGUUCCUGUAGGUGGAACAAUGAAGAAUAAGGGAACAACUGUUCUUCCAAAUGCAAUACAUCUAAACGUGGCAGGAAAAUGUGGCCUUUGUCACUGGCUAGCUCCUUUGAUCGUUUUAAAAUGUGGUUGUGUUCAUGAAGCCCAAUGUAACCACGGUUGUUCAAUGCACUUGAAGCAAGUGACGUGCACCGAGUGGCUAGCGGCAAACCAGCACGCAAGCAUUUCCCAACAUGCAUGCCCAGCAGCUGCCUGUACUUUCAAUAUGAAAAACAUGUGCUGGCUUUAAGAUGACUACAGUGGGCAGUGCCAUUGCAUGUUCGAGAGCUUCGUAAUCGGUUUUAAAGAUGUGAAAUUUUGUAAUUGGAGCUGUGUGCGAACCAAAAAGCCAGUUACGCUUCGAAACUGCCUGCUGCAUCAUUAACGAGACAACCUAGGCCAGCACCUCUAGAAAUUGAGUGUUUGCUAACGUCAAGACCAGUAUCGAUCAGGCUCUGGUGUGAUUGCACAGACCGUAGUCUCCGAAACGGCGACCACGCCGUGCGUUUACGAAUCUCUCAGUGCUGCGCAUAAUUCUGUAAAUAAGUAGGGAACUAGCUUCAGUGUUGCAUGCUGUGCUGCACUGGAAAACUUUUUCUGUGCACAUGCCCUCGCUGCUUUCUGACAAAGCCGUACAAAUACCUAUAAUAAAGGGAGGCACGUUAAGUUAAACAUUCCCGCUUUUAUGCACGUUGAACACACACGUACAUUCCUUCUUACGAAUGAGCGUGUUCCUCUUUGUCGGGGACCUCAAUGUUUUAUUCCAGGGUGAUCAAAACCGUGCUCACAUGUUUGUGUUAUGCAUGAUAUUUUUCCCCAAUGCACUGUCGUUUAUUGUCCAAGCUUUUCAGCACGACUUGUAAUUAUGCUUUGUUCACCAGUACCUUAAGGAGAGUGACCAUGCCAAAGGUUUUGUUUUGGUGUUUGGAAAAUUGCUAAGGGUUGUUCUUGUGAAAGAUAGCUGUCUGAUGUGCUGAUGAGGGAGCCCGCCUGUACUCUUGCUAAACUGCUGGCUAAUUGCUGUGCCCAUUUCUGCGUGAGGAAGAUGACUGCACCAUACCAAGGUACCAUUGACACUAGGGCGGCAAAAUGCCAGCUGUGGUGGCAGGCACAGUAUGGGAUGGUUUCACACUCUGGGCAUCGCAUGCUCUGCUAAACAAGGUUCAAACUUUCGUGGUUUAGAAAUCGAAGGAAAAUGUUCCUAAAUGUUAAAUCAAGCAUUAAUGUGUGCAGUUUAGCGAGAUAGGCCUGCUCUGCCCAGCUCUUCUAUCAACACAGCAUCUCGCACAUUUGGGCUGGCUCGUGUAAUAAUGUGCAACAGGCAAAAAGUACUUCAAACCACAUGCCAUGUUUACUUCCCGUAGACGGUCGGCAAGUACUUCACGCGGCCGUGUUGAGAGUUGCUGUUGGUCGAAUACUUGGACUAUGUACAGUGUCGGCAUGUACAGGCAGAAUGAGAGACCCAUUAUUUUUCAGCCAUGUCUCCCGACAUGUACGUAUGGCUAUUAUUAGCAAUGUAAAGUGAUGUAAAGAUAGUAAUAGGAGUUAAAAUUCCUUGCAGUAGGUAAGCACUGCUGUUGCCGUUUAUCGAGUACUUGCUGGUAAAGAGAGUCUAUCUAGGUCACGAGCAUGCAACACGUGCCAGGGGGUCAACAAUGUGUAUAUAAGGAACGUAUACGGCACUGCGUGCUCUUUAGUUAAUGCUGGACCACCGACUUGACGUUCAAUGGAUGUACGUGCAUGUUCAAAUGAAGAGUGUUAAGGGCAUUCAAGAAUGUAUUAUACGAGGGUAAAUGUGUCGAACUUGCAUCCUUGAAGGUCAUUUGUCUGAACGCAGUACAGCGUUCUUCCAACGGGCCAGCAAAAAGUUACCCCAUGUGCGCUAUUGUGUGAAAAGUGCCUUUAGAUGUGAAAUUAAAAGCAAGAUGUAAAUAUAUAAAAUGUUCAUGAAACCCA